UAGAUGUAUUACUUGAUGGAGCUGGGUCUUAUGGAUCGUAGUUACUAUUUAGCGAAGCACCAGAGAUUGCGAAUGGGUCCCGCUGCUGUGGUUACGGGGGACUAACGGAAUGACGUCAGGUGUACGCGCUGACGGCCUGAGGCGGCGGUUUCGCGGCCUGAGCUCUGAUCAAGGUGGACGGACCCUGUGUGAGUUUUGAGCGUGACUGUCGGUGCCGUUCAGUCCCUAGGGGAGUGGCAGAAGUUACAUCGGAACUGAGCAGGCUGGACCAGAACCCCUCGUUCCGGCGGUGAAGGCGACCCGUGACUACAUGGCAAUCACAGUAACUACAAGAAAAACGAUAGAAUAACUGGAAGACCGUACCCUACAGGAUGGACAGGAUUGUCCAGUUCAUAGCCUGAGGUAGACUUACUGCAAUCUACAAGAAAGAAUCAGGACAUUAUGCAUGGGAUGGAGCUGACUGAGUCAGCAGCCCUUUGCGGAUCGAAAGAGGCUGCUCAUUGGAGCCUCUGUACCGGCCGGUGAUGCAACCCAGAAGUAGUAAUUGGUGUGGAAAACAAGCAAAAUGGCAAAGGUGCUUUGCACCAAGGCCAGGCUAGUUACUUACCUGCCAGAGGUUCAGGUGUUGGUUAAAAGGAUUGCAACCAUUAGAACAUUUGCCACUGCUGGCUCUUCAGGGUCUGAUGAACCUUAUGUUGCAAUUGUACCACUUGAUCAAGGUUUGCAGACUGUAUGGCCUGAUGAAAAGAUGGGGCCAUUUGGACCUCAGGAUCAAAGAUUUCAACUACCGGGUAACAUGGGGUUUGAUUCCCAUAUUAAUGGUGUCACUAACCUGAAAAGAAUCCCAGUGCGUAAAAUGCUGCCAGAUGUGCUGACAGAGCCGUUAGCAAGUGAAAAGCACGAGUUUGUCCUCGCACAGUUUGUCAAUGAAUUUCAGGGAGAUGAAGUUGAGCCACAACCUCAGCACAUCAGUGUUGCAGAGAGUUAUUUUACAAAUGCAAAGGUGGAAUGUCUCAUACAAGUGUGCCCAGAGCUUCUACGCAAAGAUUUUCAGUCUAUGUUUCCCGAGGCCCCAGCUGCUGGAUUUACGGUUCUUACUGUAACCCAAAGGAGUCUCAAUGAUAUGACUAUAUGGAAUGAAGCCGUCGAGGAGGAACGUGAACAGCUGCUGGAAAAAUUCAUUAAUGGUGCCAAAGAAAUCUGCUAUGCCUUGCGCUCAGAGGGUUACUGGGCUGACUUUAUUGAUCCAUCUUCAGGACUCGCUUAUUUUGGCCCGUACACAAAUAAUACACUGUUUGAAACGGAUGAGCGCUAUCAGCAUCUGGGUUUCCGCAUUGACGACCUUGGCUGUUGUAAAGUUAUUCACCAUGUGCUCUGGGGGACACACGUAUUCGUUGGAAGCCUUUUCACAAAUGCACCCACAGAUUGCCUUGUUAUGAAAAAAUUACAAGGGAACAAAUAGCCUUGACAUGAGACAUUGUUUCACUACUGACAGGAAAUCAAAACCAAGUUUGAAAACUAUUUUAACAAUGCAUUUAAGUGCUCAUGCACUUCAACAGGAAAACUAUAAGAUGUGAAAUAUAUUGGAGAUAUUUAUUUUAGUUUACAUUUAAUGACAUUGUACAAGACUGUGAUCAUGAGAAAUGUCUCUGGGAUAUGCACAUUUGCAUUCAAUAUAAAGAAAAUAUCACUAAAGAAACCAGUUUCAGCAGUUUUCCAAAUGUAUUUUAAAAACUGUUUAUCGAUCCUGUGUUCUGUGGUUUGAUCCAGUUCCAUUGUGGCAAAUUAGGUUUCUGAGAGCCAGCAUGAUUCUACAUUUCCUAAAGCUUCAGCAUGGGUGCUACUCUGUUUUCAUAGAAACAUCGGGCUUUCCACUAUUACUUGUUGUGACUUACAGUACUGUUCAAAAGUCUUGGACACACAUAUGCCAUUGUCCACAACACUAACUACAUGGGAAAGAGACAAUAUACUGGAGAGGCCUUACACAGUACUGUAUUGUCAAUGUGGAGCAGAGAGUGAGUUUGUAAAUCUGGUGGGAGCAAAGGGUGUUGGGAAUAGUGAGGGUGGAGCUGGCAGGAGGGGUUUCAGACAGAUGGCAGAGGAGGAGUGCCAGGGCAAGGAGGGUGGCGCAGGUACAGACACACCCAGCCCUGAGACACCAGGUAAGGUCAUAUGAUUCCAAACAGUUGGGUUAUUAAUCAUUACAGAAAGUCUCUCUGGUGCCUCCCUCUCCCGGCCCCCUUCCCACUUUCAGUCCACAAGAGACCCAUAUCAUUCACAUAUGUCAUGAUUUUUUUUAAUAUAUAUUAUGACUUUUGCACAAUGCUGUAAUUUUAUCCUAAAGUUGUUUAAAGCUUGGGAUGUUUUUCUCUCUACUUGACAAAAAUCCAUGUAGAAACAACAUAAUCAAGAUUGGAUAAUUUCUUAAUUGUAGAAUAAAUGCUGUCAAAGAAAUGACUUGUUUGGGGAAAGUUCUGAGGGUCCUUGUAGCUUUGCCUGAGAGGUUGAUGCAGCUUUGCUUUAACAUCACUUGUGACUCCCAGCACUGCGACAUGUCAUGGGGUCAUACAGGAGUAAAAGAGGCCAUUCAGCUUAUCACUGCUUGGUGAUGCCUGGGCAACAAUCUGUAUUAAUCCCUUUUUCCUGCCCUUGGCCCAAAACCUCUUCUGGCUGAGUGAUUCAAGUGCUUGUCUAGACACUUCUUAAUGCUGUCAGUGAGUCUGCUUUUAUCAUUCUCUUAGCAGUUUAUUUGGAUUCUCCCUACACUUUCGGAGAAAGGUUCCCCUCAGAUCUUCUCAAAAUUUUUGUCCUUCAGUGUAAAUCUGUUCCUCUUGAUUUAUCCAGUUGUGAUGUGGGUAAAGGUUUCCUACAGUCUAUACCUUUAAUUUUUAUACCUCUAUCAAGUCUCUCUUACCCUGCUCUGUUGCAGGGAGAAUGAACAUAGCCUCUCCAGUACCUCUUCAGAAUUGAAACUUUUUAUGCCAGGAAACAUCAUGAUGAAGCUCCCCUCGUCUCCUCUCCAGUGCAUCAUAACUUUAGUGUUGUGGACAAUGGCUUCAUAGCUGUAAAACAAGUUAACCAUCUCACACAAAAUGGCACAAAACACUUGUCCAGGUUUGCUCAUGAAAAGUUUAAAGUAAAUGAAUUAUUGCCACUAUGCAUAUUCUAUAAACUCUUAAUUUCAGUGUGAUUGACAACAACAUUCUCACUGGGUGGCUAUGGUAGUCACUUACAACAAACCUCAGGAAACAAACCAACAUUUUCAUGAGAAUUGUGCUGAGGGGCAUUGACAUCAAAAUAGUACAGUGAGUGAAAUUUGGUGAAGUUACUAUGAUCAAGACCGUUCAUGUUUUACAAGAAUUUUGCUGACAAUGGAUUGAAGGUUAUCAAAUUUCAUAGAAUUAAAUAUUAUUGACACAA